GCUCACAAUGUUGCACAUUUGUCUGUUUUUGGUCUUGUUGUCCAAUACAGUUCUCAGCCUCCAGAUCUGCUCUUUUAAUGUGAGGUCAUUUGGAGAAGCCAAAAGAACACAGCCAGGAGUCCUGGACAUCAUAGUAAAGGUUAUUUCUCGCUGUGAUAUCAUGCUACUGAUGGAAAUAAAGGAUAGCAGCAACAGAAUAUGCCCCUUUCUGUUAGAGAAGCUAAAUAGCAGAACCCUGGGGGCACAAGAUGAGUACAAUUACGUGGUCAGUGACAGACUGGGAAGAAAGACCUACAAAGAGCAAUAUGCUUUUUUCUAUAGAUCAAAGAUGGUAACAGUCAAGAACACUUAUCAGUAUCCUGAUCUGCAGCCUGGUGAUGAAGAUGCCCUUUCCAGGGAGCCUUUUGUUGUGUGGUUCUACUCUCCAAAAACAGUGGCCAGGGAAUUUGUGAUUAUCCCUCUGCACACAACACCUGAAACAUCUGUGCGGGAAAUUGAUGAACUCUAUGAUGUAUAUCUAGAUAUAAAACGACUUUGGAAGACUGAG